CAUUCUUUUUCUCUUUCUAGCAAUGGAAGCUAAAAGGCUCAUAACAUCUCUCUUUCUCAUCAUCAUACUCUCAUUAUCCUCCGUUGAACCCACCAAAAAAAUUAGGGCUCGUAACCCUUGUAAAAGGCUAGUGUUUUAUUUCCAUGACAUACUUUACAAUGGUAAGAACGCAGAGAAUGCAACUUCAGCCAUUGUAGGUGCACCAGCUUGGGGCAACACGACUAUCUUAGCGGGACAAAGCCAUUUCGGCAACGUGGUCGUGUUCGAUGACCCAAUUACCUUAGACAACAAUCUGCAUUCGACCCCAGUUGGACGUGCACAAGGGUUUUAUUUAUAUGACAAGAAGGAUAUUUUUACAUCUUGGCUUGGUUUCUCAUUUGUGUUCAAUUCUACUGGGCAUAAGGGUAGCAUAAACUUUGCCGGGGCUGAUCCAUUGAUGAAUAAGACUAGGGAUAUUUCGGUGAUUGGAGGAACUGGUGACUUCUUCAUGGCUAGAGGAAUUGCCACUCUGAUGACUGAUGCAUUCGAGGGAGAAGUAUAUUUUAGGCUUUGCGUUGAUAUUAAACUGUAUGAAUGCUGGUGAUCUGUUUGCCUGCCCCCUUUUUAAUUCUAAGUUUUUCUUGUUUCAUGUUGAGAAGUUACAUCAAUGAAACUUCAUAUAA